AUGCCCUGUGGUGCACAUGAUAGUCGCCGUCUUGGUCACCGGUGCGAACGCUGCCGGAGAGAUCAUAUCAAAUGUGACGGAUCUCGGCCAUGCCUUGCCUGCAAGCGAAAGGGAGUGGAGUGUGCCUCGCCAUGCGCAUCGGGAACCACGUUGUCCAUUGUCCAAAGUUAUCCUUCCCUUGACCCACGGCCAUGCAAGCCACUAUCCACCGACAGGUCUGGGCACUAUACCAAUGCAUUCUUCUUUGCUCUUGGGUUCUCACCAACACUCCUGACCGUGUUUUCUAUUAAUGCAAUGGCGUCAAUGAUCCAGGAGAACAAGAUACUCCAAGAUACAGUCUCACUCUUAGGCGGCUAUUACGCCUCUCGUAACCCGAAUUUGCUGACAUUCUCGAAGAAUGAGAAAAGAGGCCUAGUCAGUCAAUGGAGCCAGCUGCAGAGAUCGGUUGCACUUGGCAUCAAAGAGGUGGCCAGUGAUGGCAAACCGGAUGUCCUUCUAGCCUGUGCUCUCCUGCUAAGUUUCGUUCAGAUUCUGGAUGACAUUUCAGGGAGAUCAUGGUGUGCGUGGGUUUGCCAUUUGCAUGCCUUUGUUUGGCGAAAUGGGAAAUCUUCCGCCCCAUUGACACCUCUCCUGCGGUCGAUGUGCAGGCUAGCCCGUAUCAUGAAUGCCUUGAGGGCUCUUUGUCUCGAGCAAGACCUUGACUUUGCGCCAUCCUCUCGUUCGCACGAUUUGGGUUCACGGGUGGACCAUCUGCCUUCGCAUGGGCCGGAUACAUCCGCAUUGUCCGAUGAUCAGCUCCUGGACUACUUCUGUGAAGACCUUGAGAUGUGGGCUAAGUUACAGUGGUUGACGGCGGAUUGGAAGACCAAGAGCAAUGAGUUAGGUCUGCAGCUGGAUCCUGCAAAUCGCAAAUUCCCUCGAAGGAAGUUAUCUGAACACGAAUACAAGGGCAUCGAAUUGACCUGUAUUGCGUCCCGAUUCCAGCGGGAUAUCAUUGACUCUCUGCUAUGGUACACUAGCGAGAAUGGCAGGAACCUUACGAACGUCAUGUUAGCGUUUUACUACUGCGCUAACGUCGAUAUUUCGCUGAUGUUUUGCGAUUCGGUCUGGCUCUCUCUGAAUUGUGAACUUCCAGUUAUGGCACACCAGAUGAGUUAUGAACAAGCCACGAAUGCCCUGGAACAUGCCGAAAAUGGUCUUCAAAAUUCGUACCUUGAGGCUAUUUUCUACGCCCCGACUCUGUAUACAGUCAGCAUGACGAGGAGAUACAAAUCUGAACGGGGUCGCAUAGUGGAUUUUAUUCGUAAACUGAAGCAGAAAGGUUUUCUCAUUGCUGAUCAGUUCUUAUCCGCGAUUGAAGAAGCGUGGGCUACUCAAUGA